AUGACCAUACGUUUUAACGUUCUAGCCGGUUCUGAAAGUGGAAUUGUGAAAGGUAUUGAUACAACAAACAAUGGUAUCUAUGUAAUUCAUAAACCAGCUGAAACUUAUAUCGAUGCUGUUGCCCUUCUCGAAUGGUCAUUAGCAAAUAAUGAGAUUGAUUAUAUGCAGGCAUUUAUUGCAACGAAGAAAAACAAUAUUUUACGAUUAAAGUUUGCUGAUGAAUCAAUUCAACAGAUUGGUACAAUUAAUCGUUCAAGUCCACUUAGAGGUCUAGCUUAUCUAGAUGAAGAUAGAUUUGUUACAUGUUCUGAAAAUGGUGUUCUAUCCAUUGAUCGUAUCACAAAAGAAUCUCUUGUGUCUGAAAUUGAAGCAAAUGCUGGUCCAGAUAUAAGUCGAUUACGUAUUAAUCCAUUUAAUCGAACAUUUCUUGGUACGGGUGGUAAAGAAAAUGAUUUAAAAAUAUGGUCAAUAGCAGAAUUAAUGAAAAAUGAGAAAACAAAAAAUAAAUCAGUUAUCUUUCAAGCAAAAAAUGUACGACCAAAUACUGUUCGAUUACGAAUGCCAGUUUGGGUAACAGAUUUUCAAUUUAUUGAUGAACGAAAUCGAUGUCUUGUAGUAACUGGACAUCAUCAAAUUCGUCUUUAUGAUCCACAAUCAAAUGCACGUCGACCUGUUAAUGAAAUUGAAUUUGAACAAUAUCCAAUAAUGUCUAUUGCAUUACUCCAUUCGUCUAAUAAUGAACAUUUUAUUGUUGGUAAUACUCAAGGUGAAAUGGCUCAAUUUGAUAUUAAACGUUUAUCAUCAUCAGCUAUCGUACAUAAAUAUAAAGGUGUUAUUGGUAGUAUACGUUCGAUUGAUACACAUCCAACAUUACCAUUAAUAGCAUCAGCUUCUAUUGAUCAAUAUGUUCGUAUACAUAAUGCAGAUACAUAUCAACAAGUAUCAAAAUUUUAUUUAAAAUCUCGUCUUACAUCUGUACUUUUUUCACCACAUUCAAUAUCAAAUCGAGAAGAACAACAAGAAAAAAAUGUUGAAACAAUCAAUAAAGAAAUUGAAAAUGAUGAAGUAUGGUCACAAUUUAAAAGAAAAUUAACAAAAGAAUCAUCUGAUAAAUCUUCAUCAAAAAGAUUUUCUUUUGUUUUUAAUCAUUUUCAUAAUCUAUAUGCUUAUUCUUCUACAUUUUCACAUAUUACAUCUGAUGGAAAUAUUACUAUGGUUGAUAUAGGUCAUAAAGCUAGUAGUCCACGUCGAGCAAUUGCUGAAGCUAUUGUUAAAUUUCCUAAUUCUGAUACAUAUCAAUCCUAUUUUAAUGUAACAACUAAAAAAGGUGAUGCACGAUUAUGUUCUAAAAUAGCUGGAAUUCUUGCAGCUAAACGUACAUCAGAUUUAAUUCCACUUUGUCAUCAACUUCCACUUUCACAUAUUGAUAUUGAAUAUGAACAUCGUCAUGAAGAGAAUGAAGUUCUUGUUCGUUGUAUUUGUUCAACAAAUUAUCAAACUGGUGUUGAAAUGGAAGCUAUUGUUGGUGCUACUAUUGCUGCUGUUACUAUUUAUGAUAUGUGUAAAGCUUUAAGUAAAUCUAUUGAAAUUCGAAAUAUUCGUCUUAUUGAAAAAAUUGGCGGAAAAUCAUCUAUUCCAUUAAAAUAA